GAACCCUGCGAAAGUAAGAAAUUUUUAAGGGGCUAGUAAAUUAAAAAAAUAACUUUCAUGUUAGUACAUGUACAUCAUAGUUUAUAGCUUGCCCAAAGCCGAGAGAUCUGGGGACUGGCACUAGUUUCCAAUUUGAGUCAAAGAAUUGCCCAUUGGUGCAAUGCAAACAAUCCCUUCCUUUGCUUGUGCUAAUCAGAAUUGACAACAUAAGAUCCAAGGGAUGUUUAUUUCAACAGCAAAAUGUUGCUUCUUUCGUAGAAUUUGAAAUAUACAUCCCUUGUGGAUAAGUUUGUAGUAAAAAGGUCUGCUUUUUCUUGGACUGAAAAGAGUAAAUCACACCUUCUGCGAAAUUUAACUGCGAAAGAAAGAGCAAGAAAACUUCCCUUGCUUCCACGUAGAUAAUAAACUGAAGAUGCAACAUUGUGAUUGAUCAUCUUCAGAAGUCCCUGGUGGGCAAGCUCCUUGUAUUGAGUCUUUUUGAUUGCAAUUUGAAUAAUGCAGAGAUGUUUAAUUUGUGUUCCUUUAUGUUCAAUUUGUCUUUGGAGCAGCCCAAAAGUGCUUCUCGUCUCAUGAAACCUAGUAAAUUGUGCUUAAAAUAGCUCAGGAAAAAAUUGCAUAGUUUACAUAAUUUAUCACGUAAUAGCAGCCAGCCGGCCGUUCUUAUCGCAAAAUUUUGCAUAAUAUCUGUUUUUUUAUUGCACCCUAUCAGAGGGCCUAAUCGGUUUUGUAUCAAUUAAAAGUAGACUGAAAAUUGAUCAAGGUCAGCACCACGGAUUCAUUUUACAAGUUUCAUGUAAUCAAACUUGGAAAAAUAUAUGCUGACAGAAACACAACCAACUCAGACAUAAGAUAUGGUAGGAAUGUAAGGGAAGUACAGUGUAGUUUACUCUGACUCACAUACAACCGUAAUAUUGUUUUUAAUAGGUUUUGAGACAGCUAAGGCCUUAGCACUGCACGGAGCACAUGUGAUCUUAGCUUGCAGGGACAUGAACAAAGCAAACAAGGCAGCUGCUACAAUCAGAGCAGUGCAGACUCCUGAGGCUUUUGUUGAAACCAUGUUGCUGGACUUAGCAUCAUUUUCAAGUAUAAGAAGCUUUACAGAAGAGUACAGAAGGAGGAAGCUGCCCCUUCAUAUCCUGAUCUGUAAUGCUGCAGUGUUUGGUUUGGCCUGGACAAAGACGGAAGAUGGAAUUGAGAGCACCUUUGGUGUCAAUCACCUUGGCCAUUUCUACCUGGUGAAGUUGCUAGAGGGUAUUCUCUGCUCAUCAUCUCCUGCCAGAGUUGUAGUUCUGUCGUCUGAAUCUCACAGGUGUGUAUAUGACCCUGAUGUUUAUCGCAUAAGAAUUCUGAAGUCUGGUAAACUUUCAAGACAAAAUGAAUGCAGCUGCAACUAGGCUUCUAGGUUAGUGUUACAUACAGUCAUGUAUUUGCCUUGUGAAGGCAAAAUUGGUCAUUUUGGACAAGGUGACUUCAUCAUGUAAAGGCAACUCUGUGAAAAUUGGCUAAUAUUGAUGGAGAAAGAUACACUCAUCUCCAAAUAAUUUUGCCAGAGGUAAAAUUGCCAGUAUAUAUACAUGUCAAGGUGUACAUUCUAUCCCAGGCAGUGAAAAACCUUGCAAGAUCUUUAAGAAUCUCAGGUUAAACAUCUUUGAAAGAUCCUUAGUAGUAGGAUCUUUGUGAGGAUUGUUUAAAAGAUCCUCAAGGCUUCACUGAGGAUUUUACCUGAAUCUUAGAAUACAGUGUAAGCUUGUAGGAUCUCACAAGAUCUUUGAGGAUCCCUAUGUACUGUA